GCAAAAGGACAUUGGGAGUCUCAGGAAAGCGAAGAAAAAAGUAAAAGAAGAAAUGCAGAGACACAGAGAGCCAAAACACGCCGAGACUUGAGAGUAGUUUUAAAAUAGACGAAAGUAAAGUUACUUGAGAAAGCAAAGAGAAAUGGUGUUAAUGGUCAAACAACAGCUUGGUAGAGGAAAGAAAACUCGUUUAUGGGGAGGAGUAUUUCUUUGUUGGCUCUUCUUCAUCUUGAUUACUCCAAAGUUCUCUUUUUACCCAGAACACCACCUUUUUGCUGAUAUGCGCAAUUUUCUUGGAGUGCCUAACACCUUGAAUGUGAUCACAAAUUUUCCCUUUUUGAUUGUGGGUGUUAUGGGGUUUGUUCUCACUCUCCAAGGAAGCUUUUUUAACAUCAGUUGCCGAGGAGAGGUUUGGGGUUGGGCUCUAUUCUAUGCAGGAAUAGCAGCUGUGGCGUUUGGUUCUGUUUAUUAUCAUCUUAUGCCUGAUGAUGAUAGGGCAAUGUGGGACAACUUGCCGAUAAUGAUAGCAUAUUCCUCCCUGUUCUCAAGUUUUCUUGUUGAGAGAGUGGGGGAGAAGAUUGGACUAAGUUGUUUGAUUGCACUCAUUUCAGUUGCUUUUCUUAGUAUGAUUUAUGCAAGAACAUUUAAUGAUUUUCGGUUGUGCAUGACGUUCCAGCUGAUUCCAUGCAUAGCCAUUCCGGCUAUGGCAUUUUUGUUCCCACCCAAAUAUACUCACUCAAGAUAUUGGCUCUAUGCAGCAGGAGUUCAACUCCUAGCAAGAUUUGAAGCUGUCGCUGACAGGAAAAUAUAUCAUGCAAAUCAUUACAUUAUCAGCGGACAUUCCAUGGAGCAUUUGUGCUCGGCAGUUGUCCCUGUUCUGCUUUCAAUCAUGCUCUUGUUUAGAAAUACAAGAUUUCAAAGGAUUAUAACAGAUUAGGUGACUCUAAAGAGCGUCCAUGAAGUUGAGAAAAGAAGGCAUUCCCAUUGCGAUAGUUAUCAGGUGCCCCAGCAUAUACAAGGAAAUCAUUCGUGGGAAGCAACAGGUUAUUCAUAAUAGAUUUUGUUUACCAGUGAAGAUUUAGAUUCUGAUGUAACCUCUAUUUUGUACCAAAACUCAAAUUACUUAGUGAAGAACGAAGUAGAAUCUGUUGGUUGUAUCCUCUCUUAUUAUUAUUAUAUUUUUUUGGGAUGAUCUGUCUUUCAUAUGGUAGUUUUACUACCGGCUUACAAGACUCUGCCAUUUCGAGGCAAAUAUUCUGGACGUGUUGCUUGUUUUA